AUGGCGAGCGUGGAUAUACAAGGGCGGAAGCAGCUACGUCGACUAGGGUGGCGCGGCCGCAGGAGCAGGGCUGUGCUGGAGCGUGGGAGAGUGGCGGUGACUGGUGGCGGCCGCAGGAGCAGGGCUGUGCUGGAGCGUGGGAGAGUGGCGGCGACUGGCGGCGGCGCCCACGGGAAGCCUGUUCUACGAACCUUCAAAUUUCUACGAGUACUCGAUGUGGAAGAUAAUGGUAAUUUGAGAAGCCACCAUCUGAAAGGCAUUGGAGGGCUGAUUCUUGCACGUGCCAUUGUCGAUUUCCUCAGGGCGGUUGGACACUCUAACCUUCAAUCCCUAUCUCUGCAUUGUCUUGAUGGUGACUUGGUUGGCCAAAUGGACUUGUGUCCGUACCAGUUGCCAAGAUUUGAGCUGACCAUAUCUGGUGCAAUCUUGGGAAGUGCUGCAUUUUGUAUGGCCCCCUGUGUCACCCACUUGAAUAUUGAAAUUAGUCAAUUGGGAGAGCAAGGUCUGAGUAUCAUCGCGUCCGCGCCCCAUCUUAUCCUUCUCAAGUUAGUAUCUACAGGACCUGUCGCUGCCAUGACAGACACGCACUCAUCUUCCAGAAGACAAAGAAGAAGGGUGAUAAUUUCCAGUGGAGCCUUUCCGUGUCUUAAGGUGUUCUGGUUCACAUGCAAGGCUGGUGGCAAUGAGCUGCAGUUUGAUCGAGGAGCCAUGCCACGGCUGCGGGGGCUUCGGCUCCACUUCAACGCUCUAGAGACAAUGUCUCUUUAUGGAGAUUUUGAAUUUGGCAUUGAGCAUCUCUCUAGUCUCACCAGAAUCCAUGCCGCCAUUGGAUGUGUAGAUUCCACGGCUCCGGAGGUGGAGCUUGCAGAGGCUGCCAUCACAGAGCAUGUCUGUCGGAUCUCCUCUGCCAACACACCCACAAUAGAGUUCAGCAGAGAGAAGACCGGGAUGUUUGAGGGGGGAAAGAAGAGUAUAGGUCCCCUUACAGAGACGGUGACAAUGAUUACCCGGAAAAAGAGCUUCAGCAGAUGGUUGAUCGCCCAGUACAAAAUGAUGCAGCGUGCGCUCUGCUCUUGCAGCUGUGCGGGUUGCGACAUAUCCAGUUGCGCGUCGGAGGUUGAACAUGUAACUGACCGUGUUGCGAUCGGUGGUACCGCUGCUUGCUUCUUCGACGAUGCAGGUGGAGAAGCUAUUUCAUAG